UUGCGUUUUCGCGGUAUUUUUUUCUAUUAAUUUUUUACCGCUUGUUUGUGUUGAGAUACCGCACGUGUCGUGAUAUUCCAAAAGGAAACAUAUACGUGCAAGUGCACCAACUUGGCGGGAUUUACAUCUGUUUUCAAAUGUGUUUUCAAGGUAAUCUAGAGUUAUUAUCAGACAUGAAAUUCUUCCAUCAAAACAAUCGUCCAAUACUUUUACAGUCCACGAUGCCCACAUUCGUCUAACGACGAAAUAGAACUUAACAUCUCGUAAAACAGGCCGAAGUAGCAUAUAAUUUGAAAACGUGUUUCGUUAUCACGAUCAUUAUCACAUAUGCACGUAUUUAGGUUGUCCGUAGACUUCGUAUUACUCACACGGAACACAGUGGUAAAAUAAAUGAGCGAAGCGUUAGUUAGAAAGAGUAAAGUUUCGUACAGAGGUCGCGAUUAAACGCUUACUCAUAUGUAUGCACGCAGUAGACGUACGAGUUUGUAGCUUGAUUGUAGGGGAGUUGACGUUUAUCGAGUAUCAGCAGUCUCUAACAGAUAAUCGAAAAGUAUUGCGAAAUGCUUUAUGAUCACGAAAUAUCGAAAAUAUACAGAAAACGACAGAAAAUUAUUUCUUUCAUUUUGGCGCGAUCAACACGAUACUAGACACAUAUACUCAUAAGCGGCAUCACGCAGUUGCAUGAUUGCACGAGUGAGCCAAGACAAUAGAAUAAAGGAAGAGAAUAAGAAGGUAAACUUGUGAGAUAGUAGAAGUGAUGCGUCGAAAUCGGCCGUAACUCGAUCAGCCUGCUAAUUUACGCAGAACACCUUCGAAAUGUUUGAGCCCACGGAACAGGGAAAGGAAUUGUGGAUGCAAACGGGUGUUGAACUCAGAGGUGGAAGUAUUAGGGAAGACGAGGUCCACAGUCUAGGAACAUUAAACAUUGUCGAAUAUUCUUUUGGGAAAUGUAUAGAAUGGAAACCCAUUGAGGAUUCUGUGGUAUUAGAGAAUCAAGCUCAGGAUCCGGAAUGGUCUUUAGUAGACACUCAUACCAGGCGUACUCCUACCUCACCAGAAGGAACAGACUCUCUUGGACGUACAAGAACCGUCAGAAUUUUGUUCACAGACUUACACUCCUUUCGUAUAAAUCAUAAAGGGCAACAGCUUAUAUUCAUACAAAAGGAUGGUACCACCCAUGUUGCUUUCUUUCAGUUGUCUAAUGCUGAAAGUUUUGUAAAUUCUUUAAAAGGUUUCCUUAGAUUUGUAAAGUCCCGUACGAAUAGAAAUUUGUACAUCAUAGUAGACGAAGUGCCGUCUGUGUUAACCAAAUCAUUCGCCGAGUUAGACUUAUUUCCGGAAAAUACGUCGGAUUACGUUUGGAAAUUUGUGAAGAAUUUACAAAACCGUCCAUAUGAAACAACAUUGGAAGCCUUUAGUAAACUGGCAGAUAUUUGGUUGUAUAAAGAACCAGCUAAACGUCCAGUCGAGGAAGCAGUCGCGGAUAUACUAAAUAAUUCGCUUUCGAUCGAUGUUCCUCAUCCGCCGGUAUCGAUAAGUUCUGGGGAGGAGUACGAAGUAAUAGGGGUGCAUGAAUUGAGUUUGACAUUACCGCCGCGACGACCAUGUCCAAGAGGUUUACCACUGUCGCCAGAACAGUGGAAAAAAUAUAAGGACCCAGAGGGGAGAAUUAUAAAUCCUCAAGCAGUAAAAGAAAUUAUUUUUCAUGGGGGUGUUGUCCCGUCUUUGCGAUUUAAAGUAUGGAAGUUUUUAUUAAAUUACUACCCAUGGGACUCUACGCGCAUUGAAAGAUUAAACUACAAAAAGAAAAAGACCGACGAAUAUUACAAAAUGAAAUUGCAAUGGAGGUCCAUGACUUCUGUACAAGAAAAUAAUUUUUCUGAUUACCGGGAUCGAAAAAGUUUGAUAGAAAAGGACGUUAAUAGGACGGAUAGAACGCUUCCCUAUUAUCUGGGCGAUAAUAACCCACACUUGGUAGAAUUGUACGAUAUUCUCAUGACGUAUGUAAUGUACAAUUUUGAUUUGGGAUACGUCCAAGGUAUGAGUGACCUUCUUAGUCCUAUUUUAUGUUUAAUGAAAAGCGAGGUCGAUGCGUUUUGGAGUUUCGUUGGGUUUAUGGAUAAAGUGAGUACCAAUUUCGAUAUUGACCAAGCUGGAAUGAAACAUCAAUUGUGCCAAUUGUAUACUCUUUUGAGUACUAUAGAUCCGCAAUUAGCCCACUACUUAAAUAUGCAGGAUUCGGGGAAUAUGUUUUUUUGUUUCCGAUGGCUUUUGGUACUAUUUAAAAGGGAAUUCAACGCGCUCGAUAUAAUGAAAUUGUGGGAAAUAUUAUGGACUGGGUUACCGUGCAAAAAUUUUCAUCUACUUUUAUGCAUAGCUAUUUUAGACACGGAAAGAAGCACGUUUAUGGAAAACCGUUACGGAUUCACAGAGAUAUUAAAGCAUAUAAACGAUCUUUCGCUUAAUAUCGAUCUAUCUGCGAUGCUAUCCAAAGCAGAGGGUAUUUACUGUCAAUUAAUGUCGGUAGCGGAUCAGUUACCUGAUAAUGUUCGCACAAUAAUUGGGCUUGAACCUUUGAAUAAAACAUCUUUGACUAAUAUCGCAACAAACGGCGAAGCUUCGGGUCACAAUGUCGAAGCUAAUACAAAUGAUAGCAAUUCGCGAAGAAAUAGUACAGAAAGUGGUAAUGUUAAGUUUGGGGAUGACGAAGUGUCGUUCGAACGUGGAUUAAAUUUAUCACAUAUGUGAGAUCAGGAUGGAUCGUUUAUCAUAAUUUGAGAAACGUGUGGUGCACCGUCAUCGAUUUAACAAGACUCACACUUUUAAAGAAAAACUCUCACUGUCGGUUUUUGCGACGAGAAUUUGUGUGUUGUUUGUUGGAACAAUGCAACGAUGCCUUUUUCGGCACUCAACGAACUUUAUCGCGCAUAAUCGAUAUCUCGAAUGCGAAACCUUACAAAGGUAUCUUUAUAUCCAACGAAUCGUUCUGAUGGAAGUGCCGAUGUCCAGCUGGUACGUUUUGAUCGUUGAAUUUGAAGUUUUGCUGUAUAAAUGUCAAAUAUUACCUCGAAUUUACGAAGUUGCAGCGAGAACUAUUGUUAGUAACGUUGAAUUUUGAGGUAUUUAUGAAAUUCACUGUAAUUACGAAGAGAUUAUAGAUCGCGCAUAUUUAGCAAAUAAGAAAUAGUUUCAUACAAACGUAUAUUCUUUAUCGUAACCAUAUUUUCGAUGCAUCGUGAAUUUGGAACGAUGUGUAAAAACGAUUCACACUGUACUUUAACCGAUGUUAUGUGUUCGUGUCAUUUUCACUUAAGUUCAAUGGUCUUUUUCCAGAUUUGUACAAAGCCUCACGACAGUACUGUAUAUUUCUAAUAAAAAUCACCCGUUUAAU